AUGAACGACAAAGACGCCAAACAAGAACCUCCAGCAUGGCUCAGCUAUAUCGAAAACUGUAUUGAAGAAGAAGCCGAUGUAUAUGAGUCAAAUGCGCCUUACUAUGAAGUCAUCCGUGAUUUACUGCUGGACUCCAGUGAACAGGACGAGGCAAUUGAACAAGCCGUCAAGAGAUGCUGCGACCAAUACACUGGUGAGGUCGAUGAACGCAACGCGCGCAUUGAUGAAGACGACCCCGAACCACCCCAACGUGAGGAUUACAACUUCAACCUUCUCCUCGGCACAAUGACGGCCCUUGUAUUUGAGAUGAUGGGCGAGUUGCCUUAUUUAGAUCCCAAGACCGAUACGCUUUCCAAGUUCUUGGUAGGGCUGGCGAAUUACGCAGAGGAUAAGCCUCGGAAAGGAAAAUCGGGCGACUUGAUAUCUGCUGUUCGCGAAACCUGGCAUGCAAGUCACGCGGACAAUCUGCCGGUCGACGCUGAUGGCUCAAGCGCUGAAGAGGUGAUACAUCGCUGGCUCAACGUUGCGAGUCUAAUCGCCCAGCUUUUCAAGGCAGAUUUGCUUGAGGAGUUCGGCCCGCGCUGGAUAGCAAAUGACUUUGGGUCCGCAUUGCAAGAGAGGAGAGACGGCGAUAUCACAAAGCAUCCUGUUAAACAGGCGGAGGCUCUUGCCAUUGUGAAUUACAUAUUAAUUUCGGGAGAACGUUUUGCUGAGGCCGCCAAGGCGGGCAAGGUUGAAAUGACUGCCGAGAAGUGGAGGCUUUGGGCUGAGGAGAUGAAGAAGGUUGCUGAUCUUGUUGAUGAGAGCGUGAGAUGGGAUUUCCAGGAAAGGGCAAGGAAGGCGAGCGACAUGAUGGUGGAGCUGUACCCGGAGGCAUUUGAGCAAAAGGAUUGA